AUGGCCCCGCACCCGAGAAACCCCGCCUCCCAGCGAUCGAAGCGACGCGGGAAGUGCGACGGCGAGCCGCCACCCACCAGUGCCCACCCCCAUUGCGCCGCCGCCCUCGUGCCGUCGUACCACCACCCGGCCCUCAACCACCCGCCACACGAGCCCGUCGUCAAGCGACGGGCUCAGAACGUGGCCCAUGGGACGCGCAAUCGCGUCCCUUCAUCGCUGCUCGGACGUGCAUCCCAGCCACACCGCUACGGGCAGGGGCUCGACGAGCGUGGGCUCGACGAGCGUGGGCUCGACGAGCGUGGGCUCGACGAGCGUGGGCUCGACGCGCACGAGCUUGACGAACCCCAGCCCAUGCCGACCCGCCCGACGCGCGCAAGCACGCGGAGCAGCAGCCCGCCGUACGGGCGCAUCAGGCGAGAGCUUAGGUUAGGUUAG